GAAAGGAAAAAAGGUCGAGAGCGCUCGCGAGAUCUCACAGCACCGGACCCGAAAGGUUCCGGGGAAGUUUAGGGGCCCAGAGGAGGCCCUGGGGCCAAUGGCCGGAGCUGGGCCGACCAUGCUGCUACGCGAGGAGAACGGCUGUUGCAGUCGGCGUCAGAGCAGCUCCAGCGCCGGGGACUCGGACGGGGAGCGGGAGGACUCGCCGGCUGCGCGCGCCCGGCAGCAGCUGGAGGCGCUGCUUAACAAGACUAUGCGCAUCCGCAUGACCGACGGACGGACGCUGGUCGGCUGCUUCCUUUGCACGGACCGCGACUGCAAUGUCAUCCUGGGUUCUGCGCAGGAGUUCCUCAAGCCGUCGGAUUCCUUCUCUGCCGGGGAGCCCCGUGUGCUGGGCCUGGCCAUGGUACCCGGACACCACAUCGUUUCUAUUGAGGUGCAGAGGGAGAGCCUGGCGGGGCCUCCGUAUCUCUGACCACGGUCGCGCACGCCUUUGCAGACUUCAUUAAACCCAUGACCG